UUCAACAAUCCCCCCAUGCUACAUGUCUCUCUUCCCAUAUCCCUCCUCUCUUCGUAGCUAGCUUAUCAUAUAUAUAGAAGCCACCAAGAGAAAGAUAUAGUAGACAACAACCCUCGAGAAUGAACUCAUCAUGCCUUGUAUUUCCAGUAACGUUGUUCAUCAUUAUUUUCCUCACUUUUUGUGUAUAUAAUCGAAACGAAGUACUUGUUCUGUUGCCUUCCAUUAACCUCUUACAUGAUCUCAAAACUACUCUGGAUUCGGCAGCACCAAUUUUGUCGUCUUCCUCAGCUUCUAAUGCUACUAACAUCAUCAAAGGAGUGUGAUGAGUUUAGUGAGAAUUGAAGAAGAGUUGGGUGAAGCGAGAGUGUCUAUUCGCAGAGAGAUAAAAAGAAGAAGAAGAAGGAACUUCACAAUCACAUCAGAGACACUCAGAGGAUGUGUUUACAGAAGCGCUUAUGCGUUUCAUCAAAGUCACAAAGAGAUGUUGAAGCGAUUCAAAGUGUGGACUUACAAAGAAGGUGAACCACCAUUAGUCCACAAUGGGCCCAUGAGUUCAAUCUAUGGUAUUGAAGGACACUUCAUGACUGAAAUCGAUAAUAGAUUGAGCCCAUUCUCAGCCCGCAAUCCAGAUGAGGCCCAUGUUUUUAUGCUACCUUUAAGUGUUGCCAACAUUGUGAGGUACCUAUACAAUCCUCUCACCACCUACUCUCGAGAUCAACUCAUGCGUGUCACCAUUGAUUAUACUAACAUCAUUGCUCACAAGUAUGAAUAUUGGAAUAGGACUAAAGGUGCUGAUCAUUUACUAGUUUCUUGUCAUGAUUGGGCACCAGAAAUCUCAAGACACAAUUCAGGUAAAGAGCUCUUCAAGAACUUAAUAAGAGUGUUAUGCAAUGCCAACACAUCGGAAGGAUUUGAUCCUGAAAGAGAUGUGUCAAUGCCUGAAAUGAACUUACAAGGUUACAAAUUAAGCUCACCAAUUCCUAGCCAAGACUCCAACCAUCGAUCUAUACUUGGUUUCUUUGCUGGAGGGGCUCAUGGUAUGAUUAGAAAAACAUUACUACAACAUUGGAAAGGAAAAGAUGAAGAAGUUCAAGUACAUGAGUAUCUUCCAAAAGGAAUUGACUAUUAUGACCUCAUGGGAAAAAGUAAGUUUUGUUUGUGUCCAAGUGGUUAUGAAGUGGCUAGUCCUAGACUUGUGGAAUCUAUCAACACUGGAUGUGUUCCUGUUAUUGUUUCGGAUAACUAUCAAUUACCAUUUAGUGAUGUUCUUGAUUGGAGUAAAUUUUCAUUGCAUAUUCCAUCAAAGAGGAUAAGUGAAAUCAAGACAAUAUUGAAAAGUGUUUCACAUGACAAAUACUUGAAAUUGCAUAGGAGGGUGUUGAAAGUUCAAAGACAUUUUGUAUUGGAUCACCCAGCUAAACCGUUUGAUGUGUUUCAUAUGAUUCUUCAUUCAAUAUGGCUUAGAAGACUCAAUAUUAGGCUACCAAUUUGAUAUUUUGUUAGAUACCAACUUGUGUAUUGUAUAAACUAGACAGAACUCUACUACACAAUAUCUAGUUAUCUAUUGAAAUUAUAAA